CGCGCGCGUAACGGUGGCGGUGAGUAUGGACUACAACUGACUGGAAUCACACCUUUCCGCGGGUAGCGCGCUUCGUGCGCACUUUAAUUAGAUCAGGGACCCAUGUGUAGUUAUCGGGAGAGCGGUAUUCUCACCAGGUCUCAGGAGGCUUAACUUCAAUCGUCAAAAUUUCAGCGAAGAUAGGAGUGCCUCGUCGUCUCCGGUGUUUUUCCGUCACUUACUUGCACCGUGUUCCUUUGGUGAGCCGCAUCGUCUACCUGCUGCUUUCAUGAACUUGUGUCAGACGUCGGAGCGAGUCUUGCGAACCGCGGACAAUGAAGACCACUCGAAAAUGCCGUGCCUUGCUGUCCGUGACUUUGAAUCUUAUUGCACUGUUCUUCUCCACUACGGCAUUUAUCACCACGUACUGGUGCGAGGGCACUCAGAGGGUCCCCAAGCCCAACUGCAGCAAAGAGAGGCGGCAUAACUGCAUCGACUACGGGGUCAAUGAGACUGACCAAAGCAAAGUGCAUUACAGCUGGGAAACGGGAGACGACAGGUUCCUCUUCAGAUAUUUUCACACGGGAAUCUGGUACUCCUGCGAGGAAAACAUCCAUGGGGCAGGUGAGAAAUGCCGGAGCUUUAUCGAUCUGGCCCCGGCUUCAGAGAGAGGUGUCCUUUGGCUGUCGGUGGUGUCUGAAGUGCUGUACAUCAUGCUGCUGGUGGUUGGCUUCAGCCUAAUGUGCCUGGAGCUCUUUCACUCCAGCAACGUGAUCGAUGGACUCAAGCUCAACGCCUUUGCGGCCGUCUUUACGGUUCUCUCAGGGCUCCUGGGUAUGGUGGCCCACAUGAUGUACACGCAGGUGUUCCAGAUUACAGUGAGCCUGGGACCAGAGGAUUGGCGACCGCACACGUGGGAUUACGGCUGGUCCUUUUGUCUGGCGUGGGGCUCGUUCACCUGCUGCAUGGCCGCCUCGGUCACCACCCUCAACUCCUACACCAAGACGGUGAUCGAGUUCCGGCACAAGCGUAAGCUCUUCGAGCAGGGCCUCCGCGAGGAGCAGACCUUCCUGGACCCCGAGACCUUCCACUACUUCCGCGACCGCUCCGUCCAGUCUGUGUCCAGCUCCGUGGAUGUGUACCCAGGCCACGGGGGAGGAGGAGGAGGAGGAGGGGGCAGUGGUGGGAGGGGUAAGCUCCACCGUGGGCCCUCCAGCUCCAUGGACCUGGGCGAGAACUGUGACUCCCUGGGUGAGGAGCAGUGCUGAGGGGCUACAGGCCUGGGGCUGGACACCCUGACGCCCAGGCUUCUUAGUGCUUAGGUGGCCUUGUCCAGUGGGUGAACUCUACACAGGAGACUUGUUCUCAGAACUGAGAUGGACUAACGCUCUGGGAAUUGGGAUCAGUAGGGGAGGAAAACAGGACAACCUGUCAGAUUUAUCUUACAGUACAAUAGAGGUCAUAUUUUAUGUGUAUGGGGGUAGGGAUAUAUACACUCAUAUACUUAUA